GGAAGAAGCUGAAGCUGGUGGAUCAGCAGAUCUCCGCUGAUCAUGUCUGAAGCUGACCUUUACAUGCAGUAUAAGGGCGUCUUUCUGCCCAAAGCUGUGCACACCGAGGAGAGCCUGAGCUUUUACGAGGACUUCACCUUCCGAGAGGAUGAUAUCGUCAUUGUAACGUUUCCAAAGUCGGGAACGACUUGGAUGCAGGAGAUCAUCCCUCUGAUCCUGAGCGGAGGAGAUCCAGCCUCCGUGGAGUCGCUGCCCAACUGGGACCGUGUUCCCUGGCUGGAGGAGACUCGGGCCCGAACCCUGAACCUAGAGGCCCGGCCUUCUCCACGCAUAUUCACCACACACUUCCACAACCACAUGAUGCCGCCGUCCUUCUCUGAAGUAAAGCCAAAGGUGGUCUACGUCAUGAGGAACCCCAAAGAUGUGUUUACAUCCUCGUUUCACUACUUUAGGAUGGCGUCCUUCCUCGUGAAGCCGGGUCCACAGAGCGAGUUCCUCGACAAGUUCUUAAAUGGACAAGUGAUUUUUGGCUCCUGGUUUGAUCACGUUAAAGGUUGGCUGGACGUUGGCGAUAAGCAGCGCAUGAUGUACAUCUGCUACGAGGAGCUGGCAUCGGUGAGAAAUGUUUCCUUCUAAAAACAAGACCUGGAAAAUUCUGUGACCAGAAUCGCUCAGUUCUUGGGGAAGGCCUUGGACGCUGACGUGGUUAAGAAGAUAGCAGACCGAUGUUUGUUCAAGAACAUGAAAAAGAACGACAUGUCCAACUACUCGGCAGUUCCUCUAGAAGUUAUGGACAGCACAAAGUCUGAAUUCCUCAGGAAAGGAAUAGCAGGAGACUGGAAAAACCAGCUAACAGAAGCAGAGGCGGCGCGUUUUGACUCCGUUUACAAAGACAAAAUGAAAGAUGUCAAAUAUAAAUUUGCAUGGGAUUAAAGUCAGAUUAAACACGAGAUUAAAGGAGGCAUAUUUCAGGAUCCUCGGCUGAACCUGUAAUUGAGAGAAUCAAGAAACGAUGCAGCAGUAAUAGACUAAAUAAAUGAACCAACCAUCGGCCACAUGACCUGUUGGUUGCAUAAAACUUUAUUUCUACUUGAAUAACUACUUUUUCACAUAGACCCGGGUGGGUUUAAAUAGCUUUUUAAAAAAUCUUAAUAAAUGUAAUAAUCAUUUAAUAACUGCAUAUUGUAUUUACUCUGGUUAUCUUUGUCUGAUAUUAAAAUGUGUUUGAUGAACUCAAGCAUGUAAAAGCAAAAACAGAAGUAAGCUGUGAGUAGAUAAACUAUUUCUCAUGUUUAUGCACCUGAGACCGAAGCAAAUGUGAACUAACUUACAUUAAACCGAGACUGAAUUCCUUU